ACGGUUCUGUGUUGUCUAUUUGAAUCAUUUUUCGCUCAAGUUUUUCGGAAAUUAAGUCAUGUUUUUAUAUUAAAGAGCAAUUUGUAGGUGCUUGCAAGUUUGAAAAAGUGAUUUUUCAUCACGGAUGGGUAAUGUCGGCGGCGUCAUUGCUUAUUAUAGCUUGCAAAAGAUUUCAGAGAUCAAACAGGAUAGAGGGUCUAAGGAAUCUCAGAAAAAUUAGCACACAUUCCAAAAUGUGUAAAGAACAAAUAACAGUACUGGACGAUCGAUGUCGAUUAUCUGAAAUUGACACUGCAGAUUUUGAGAUUAGCAGUCUUUCUUGGCUUCAUAAAGUCGCUCCAGGUUUUCCUGUGAAUGGAUCGAAGAUCACAAUAAUUGAGGAGCCGGCGGUUUUUUAUUCGACUCUUUUAGAAAACUGCAAAACAGCAAAGAAACGAAUCGUCUUAUCUUCUCUAUAUAUAGGAACUGGAAAAUUAGAAACUAAAUUGGUAGAAACAAUAGAAAAAACGUUGAAUGAUCGAAAUGGCAAUUUAAAAGUAAAUAUUUUACUCGACUAUAUGCGUGGCUCCAGAGGCAAACAAAAUUCUCGCCAAAUUUUACAACCUUUUCUGAAUGGAAAAUGGAAAAACGCUUGGAAUGUUUUUCUUUAUCACACGCCAAAACUUCGGGGAUUUUUGAAAUCAGUGACGCCAGAUCGAUUCAAUGAAAUGAUUGGCUUACAGCACAUGAAACUUUAUUUAUUCGAUAAUACGCUCAUCAUCAGUGGUGCCAACCUUAGCAACGAUUAUUUCACAAAUAGGCAAGAUAGAUAUUUCGUGAUUGAAGAUUGCGAAGAUCUUUGUGAUUUUUAUACCGAUCUCGUGGAAAAAGUUGGAGAAUUUAGUUUUCGUCUCAUGCCAGAUGGAAACACUGUUCCAAAUUCUACAGAUUGUGAUCCUCUUGAAACUCCGAGUAAAAAGUUCACUGCCUCGGCUUCUGGGAGGAUACGAACUUUGUUUCAGAAAGAAAUGGAAAAGCGUUCAGGGGCAAACAGACUCGUAGAAAACGUAGAAGCAGACACUUGGAUUUUUCCUUUAGUACAAAUGAGUCAAUUAAAUAUUUGGCACGAUAGUGAGGUGACCCUUCGUCUCUUGAAAAUGGCACCUUCUGGUGCUACCUUAAGACUUGCCACUGGCUAUUUCAAUUUAACGACGGAUUAUCGAAAUGCCUUAUUACACGAAAGUCGAGCCGUUUAUCAUCUUUUAACUGCACAUCCGACGGCUAAUGGCUUUUUCGGUGCGAAAGGAAUCGCUGGAGGAAUUCCAGCAGCCUACACGAAAAUCGAGGAAUCGUUUUGUAAACUUCGAGAAAAAAUGCACCAGACGGAUAGAAUUACUUUGUGGGAAUUUAUGAGGCCAGGUUGGACUUAUCAUGCAAAAGGACUUUGGUAUACUUUGCCGAAUCAGCAAAAACCAUCCCUUACUCUGAUUGGAUCCCCGAAUUUUGGAUACAGAUCCGUGGAGCGAGAUCUCGAAACGCAAAUUGCGGUAGUCACGAAAAACGAAAAAUUGCAAACUUCUCUUCAAGCAGAAUAUGAGCGACUAUUUAAACGAGCAACUCCAGUCAAUUCUACAUCGUUUCGCCAGGAGGACAGAAUUCCUCCAGUAUGGGUUCGUGCGGUAGUUCUUCUAUUUCGAUACUACUUUUAAUAGGAAAAAAUUACUUUAAGAUUGUAGAUAUUAAAUUAUUCGUAUAAUAGUAUACAGAUUAAAUGUAAGUAUUAUUAAAAUUAUCUUAAAUUUCAA